AUGGCCAAAGACAUCGAAAUAUCUACAUCAGAGGCUCAAUUCAUUUUAGAAGCUUUAAAGCAGAAUGGUCGACUAGACGGGCGGUCGUUUGAUCAAUUUCGUGACGUGGAAAUUAGCUUUGGCAGGGAGUAUGGUGAUGUGACCGUGAAGAUGGGCAAUACCAAAGUGCAGUGUCGGAUCAGCUGCCAAAUUGCACAGCCAUAUGAAGAUAGGCCGUUCGAGGGUUUAUUCUUGAUUUCUACUGAAAGUUCACCAAUGGCUGGCCCCCAGUUUGAAAAUGGUAACAAUACAGGUGAGGAUGAAGUGUUAUGUGCUAGGAUCAUCGAAAAGGCUGUGAGAAGAUCUGGUGCAUUAGAUGUCGAGGGCCUCUGUAUUGUUGCUGGCAGUAAAUGUUGGGCAGUUAGAGCAGAUGUUCAUUUUCUUGAUUGUGAUGGAGGAUUCAUUGAUGCAUCUUGUGUGGCAGUCAUGACAGCGCUAUUGCAUUUCAAGAAACCAGAUAUUUCGGUGCUCGGUGAUAGGGUUACUGUGCAUCCAGUUGACGAGAGAGAACCAGUUUCUUUGGGGAUAUUACAUAUCCCAAUCUGUGUCACCUUCUCUUUCUUCAACCCACAGGAUACAGAGGAAAACAUAAAGGGUGAUUCAAACUCUGAAAUAGCUAUCAUAGAUGCCACAUUGAAGGAGGAAUUAUUGAGAGAUGGUACCUUAACAGUAACUUUGAAUAAGAACAGAGAAGUUGUUCAGGUUUCUAAAGCUGGUGGAUUGCCUAUGGAUGCUUUGUCCUUGAUGGAAAAUUGUCAUAAGGCUUACACUAUCACUGAGCGUUUAACCGAGCAAAUUUUAGAUGUAAUAAAGAAGGAUGACGCGGAAAGAAACAAAUACGCAACUUUGCUAAGCUCAGAGAAUGCUCGUGAGACGUAG